AUGUCCGGUCACCAUACCGGCCGCGCCCACACCGCAGCCUCUGCUGCGAACCCAAACAGUUCAACUGCCCAGGACACAAAUCAGGUCGCCGUAUGGUUCCAGAAGUUUGCACCCUUCGUAUACGACACAAGUGCCAGCACCAGGAGUAACUUUGAUCGUCUCGCCUCACAGCGCAACUGGGGUGAUAAGCUUCGAAGGAAGCAGUGGACCAGUUUGCAGGCGGUCUCAGCGGCGUCAAACCAUGCUGACGCGGACGAUGAUGUUCAUACCGACACCCCAAACCAGGGCGGCGCAUGGUUCCAGCAGUUCGACAAUUUCGUACACGAUCCAACGGUCGGAAUCAGGAGCAAUUUCGAGCGUCUAGCAGCACAACGCAGCUGGGGCAACAGACUGAAACAGAGGCGUUGGGCUGAAUGCCAGGAGGAGGAAUUCGGCUAUGCAUAUGGAACGAAUACAACAAAGCUAGAGAUCUGGCAGAGGCUAUGCCGUGAGGUACACAUCAGCGAUCCACCAGACAGUAUAACACAGUGUAGACAGGUGCUUGGCAGCCGAAACGUCCUGGUCAAUCUGAUGAACCUUAUUGACCAUCGUAACAUCGGCGUGGAAGUGAUCCGAUUCAAGAACUACUCCAAGUUCCGAGCCGACCGUAGCACUCCUCCUCCAAGCGACGACGGUUCCUCUGAUGAAGUUCGUGACUAUUUCUCGCAAGAAAAGUUUAAUGGAUUUGUCCCAGACCCUGAGGACGAUCUCAUAGCGAAACUCAGCAAGCUUUCGAUCCACCAAGGUUGGUCCAAGAGCGAGGCGAAGCGUCGUCGCGCGGAGGUCGUUGAGUUCGAGGUGUCUCGACACUACGGCCCUGACAAGUCAAAGCUGGAAAAUUGGCAGAAGCUGUGUCGUGAUGUCAAGAUCGAACCUGCUCUUUCACGCGUCUAUGUCAACAUCUUCAACAUCCUGGACCACCUAGACAACCCCGAGCGCUACGAUGUCAUUGUCUUCAAGAACUACAAGCUCUUCCGUGCAUAUACGCUGAAGAGCCGCAUCUUCCCUCUGGAUCUGGCUAAGGAGGACGGCUUUGUCAAGGCUUUGCUUCGCCCGCUCUACAUGAGGAGGAAGUAG